AUGAUGACGUCAUCAACUACAGUAGACGUGCCGGCCCGGCUGGGUCAUGCCCACCUCUCCCAUCUGCCACAGCGGCCACCCAUCAACCUGAACUUCCAAGAUUUAACUUACACAGUGCAGAAUGGCAAAAGUUCCAAGAUCAUCUUGCGUGGAAUAAACGGUGACUUCCGUUCGGGUCAGCUAACAGCCAUUUUGGGCCCGUCCGGUGCUGGGAAGAGUACCUUGUUGAACAUAUUAGCUGGAUAUCGGUUAGCCGGAGCCAGCGGUAUAAUCUCCACAAAUGGCGAGCCCCGAAACCUUAAACAAUUCAGAAAACUAUCAAGGUACAUAAUGCAAGAAGAUUUGCUGCAACCAUACAUCACGGUGCAAGAAGCUAUGUCUAUUGCUGCUGACUUGAAGCUUGGCACUGAUCUAUCUAACGAGAAAAAAACUAUCAUUGUAGAAGAAAUUAUUCAACUACUAAGGUUAAAUAAGGCACGAAACACAACAACGGAGAGGCUAUCGGGCGGCGAAAGAAAACGGCUGUCGAUAGCUUUAGAACUGCUCAAUAAUCCUCCUGUUAUUUUCUUAGAUGAACCAACAACAGGUCUUGACGACGUUUCUUCUUCAACUUGCGUAUCUCUUCUCAAGCGAGUAGCUCGGGGAGGGCGUACGGUCAUCUGUUCCCUCCAUACUCCCUCCGCGCGUUUGUUUGCUGAGUUUGACCAUGUAUAUGUGGUGGCGCAAGGACGGUGCGCGUACCAGGGGACCUCAGGUGGCGUGGUGCCAUUCUUGAACGAGUUGUACUUGCCUUGCCCAAAAACUUACAAUCCAGCGGAUUUUAUUAUUGAAGUAUCAAGCGGAGAGUAUGGCUCGCAUGUAGACCGAAUGGUAUCAGCAAUAGAAAACGGAAAAAAUCAAAGAUGGAGAACGUAUGCAGUAGAGGAGAGGACCUUACAAGAGAUGGAAAUUGAACAGUUAAACUCGGGGGGCUACGAAAAGCUUAACUAUAGGCAUGGAUGUUCAACGUAUCAACAAUUCGCAGUGUUAUUAAAGAGAAUGCUGCUGCAAACAUUUAGAAAUAAGAACUAUUUGCGGUUGCGAGUGUGUAUGCACAUAUUUAUCGGUUUCAUGAUAGGCGGUAUAUUUAACAGCAUGGGCUAUGAUGCUUCAAAGACUAUCUUCAAUUUUGGUUUUUGUUACGCUUGUAUCAUUUCCAUGCUUUAUAUACCAAUGAUGCCAGUGUUACUUUCAUUUCCUACAGAAGUUCAACUGGUGAAACGUGAAUAUUUCAACAGGUGGUACGGCCUGAAGGCUUACUACGCGGCUUUAGUUUGCUCCCGAACACCACCCACCAUAUUCUUCAGUUUAAUAUAUUUGAUUAUCACAUAUCCCUUGACGUCACAACCAAUGGAAUUUAGCAGAAUAUUAAUGUUCAGUUCUACCUGCAUUUUGAUAGCACUGAUAUCAGAAUCUAUGGGAACUGUAAUAUCAUCUAUGUUGAGCGUUGUGAACUCCGUAUUCUUAGGACCGUCACUGUGUGUGCCACUAAUGCUUCUGGCAGUAUACGGCAUAGGUUAUGGAGACGAUCCAAUACCCUUGAUUUGGCGGAUUGGGAGAUCUUGUUCUUACCUGAGAUAUGGGAUUGAAGGUUUAAUUGUGGCAAUCUAUGGUCCUCCUAGAAACGAUUUGGUGUGUCCUGAUGAUGUACAAUAUUGUGAAUACAAGGAUGUUACUUACUUCGUGAAAAUGAUGGGCAUGACCGGUGUCUCAUUUUGGACGGACUUCGGUAUGUUGGUAGCAAUCCUCGUGGCUAUGAACCUAACUGGAUAUUACUUACUGCGUCAAAGACUCUCACCUAAUUAUGCUUUUAGGGCCAUUAAAGUUAUAGGAAGUUUUAUCAAGACUAAAAUGAGUUCAGUUUCGAUGUGA